CCAUUCUCUCGGAGUGUGUAAUUCCAAUUCUCGGUAUGGAAGGAGGUGGAGGAGGAAGUAGAAGCGCCGCCGCGGGAGUUGUCCCGGAGUCAGCUAUGGAGGCUGUGAAACAAACUCUAUCCCACCUCGAGGAACUGAAACGGCAGCUCGAGCAGAUGAUGACGUCUUUAGCUAAGCCAGAGGCUCUUUCCCAAAUGCAGCCACUGCAGAGGGCUAAGACUAUGUACUUUCUAGCCGAAUCCACCACAACGAUUUUCACUCUGAGGCUGAGGUGUGCUGGUGUUAACCCCGAUGAUCAUCGUGUGAAAUCUGAAAUUGAGAGGCUAAACGUUUACAGAGACAAGUUGCAGCGGUGUAUGGAUCGAAGUAAAGAACCGUUGCGUCAGACUACAGUCUUAAACCGUCAGGCAGCUACACGUUUCAUCGAACACUCUUUGCCUGAUCUUACAUCUGCUCAAAAGCAAAACAUCAGAGACCUGAGUAUAGGAGAGAAAUCAAGUAUGACAUAUUCAGCAACAACUGCGAAAAAGAGGAAAUGCCAAUCAGAUGAGAAACAGUCUGUUCAGUCAGCUGCAAAGGAGUUUCUUGAAAAGGCAGCUCGUGAGCUUAAUAAUGGUGACAAUGAAGAUGGUUUGAAGGGCCCUCUAAUGGCAGCAGCCGAUGGUUCAAAUGAUGCUGUUUCCAAUAGUUAGGGACGAUGUAUGUUGUACAUUGCCAUUAUGGUUAGCAAGAAGCUUUUCAUCUAGUAUAUAUUCAGAAUAGCCAAACGAAUUUUAAAACAA